ACCAGCAACUACUCUUCUUCUUCUUAUUCGUCUUCUUUCUUUUGUCAAAAACAUAGACCAAAAAUUUCAAUAUGCACUUUACACAUAAUUAGAAUUAGAAUUUCCUCAUUAUUUAAAAAAAAAAAAAAACGGAAAAUAAGAGAGAGAUGAAAUUAGGUAGGGCGCAAGAACAACAACAACAACAACGUGUGAAAACAUCGUCGUCGGCAUCAAUAAGAAGUAAAGCGGCUCAUUUUGUGUCUGAUCUUACUACUGUUAUUCUUAAUCCUAUCUCUGAUAAUAAACCCUCCUCCUCCGGAGGUGUGACUAGUGAACCAAGGAGAAAUACACAACAAUAUAGUACAGAAGACGAUGUUCCGGUGCUAGAAGAUGGUCCGGAUACAUCCUCUUUCACUGCGUUUCUUUAUUCAUUUUUGUCCCCGGGAAGAUCACAAAAAGAGUCUGAGAAUGUGGGGUGGAAUGAGAAUCAAGUAUCCCCAAAUGUCCUAUUGAAAGAAAAUAGUGGAAAGAAAGGUAUGUUCUCUAGGGGUAAACAGUCUAUCGGUAAGGCACUCAACCAGGCUGUGAGGUUUGGUGGUGGGUAUCGGUUUCAUACUUCUGGGAAGGUAAGUACCGAGUCAAAGAUUGAUGACGAGAAAGAAACAAGGUCUAGUGAGGGGGUUCAUGUGGAAAAUCUGAGGGGGCCUAACCUUCCUGGUAUGUCAGAACCUUCACAGCUGAUGACUGAAGAUACACGGUCUGCUCUUUAUGCUGCACUCCCAGUUUUGAGUCAAGGAAAGAAAUGGGUCUUAUUGUACAGUACAUGGAGGCAUGGGAUAUCUCUUUCGACUUUAUAUAGAAGAAGCAGUCUUUGCUCUGGGCUAAGUUUGCUGGUUGUUGGAGAUCGUAACGAUGCAGUAUUUGGUGGUUUAGUUGAGGCACCCUUGAGACCAUCAACGAAAAAAAGAUAUCAGGGAUCAAAUAAUACAUUUGUUUUUACAAAUACACCUGGAUGCACUGUUGUAUUCCGCCCAACAGGUGCCAAUCGUUAUUUCACUUUGUGCUCGACUGAGUAUCUAGCGCUUGGUGGGGGCAGUCAUUUUGCGUUGUAUCUUGAUAGUGACUUAUUGAACGGGUCGAGCUUGGCUUCAGAAACCUAUGAUAACUCUUGUUUGUCACACACUCAAGAAUUCGAAGUCAAGGAAGUUGAGCUAUGGGGGUUCGUCUAUGCUUCAGAGUAUGAAGCCACGAUAUCAAUGUUGCGGACAGAGGCACCUGGAAUCUGCCGUUGGUAGCAUGACUCCAGGAAUAGGAACACCCCAUUAUGUAUAUAUUUUGAUAUGCUCAACUUGGAUUGUUUGGUUUCAAACAUGAACAACUUCUGAUUUACUCAAGUUUAAAAACGCAAGAAUUUUGUUAUAUGGAAAAUAUGAGCUAACACAGCAUUUAGGUUCA